UGUACAAACGGAGUUAAUCCUGAGUUCACGAUGAUCUUAGGAUCAACGGGUAAAAGACGUUGUACGUUAUGGGUUCAGGUGCUGAUCGACGAUUGAUCUUGAACGUCCGAAUUUGGGCGUUCGAGGCCAGUUCAAGUCGUUUUAAAUGAUUAUUAUUGGGUUUGCUGGUAAGCAAAAUGUAAAUAAAUAAAUUAAUUAAUUAAUUUAUUGCAAUCAAACAUAAUGGAUCAUCUGUGGGAAGAUAUUACGGACGACGAAGAUUUUUUGGAAUUGGUUCAUCAUGUUCUACAUCCUCGAGCCCCACAAGUCUACAGAGAUCGACCAGAUCAUUUCAACAUUUGGAAUGAUACAGAAUUUAAAGCAAGAUUUAGGUUGGAGAAACAAGUUGUUAGAUUUAUAAUAGAUGAAUUAUCUGAACAAAUCUCAUCUGUUACAGACAGAAACCAAGCAGUAACCCCUACAGAAAUGGUAUGCACUGCUUUGCGUUUUUUAGCCACUGGGAGUUUUUACAAGUUGUUGGAGAUUUCGGGGGCAUCCAUAAAUCAACAGCCAGCCGAAAAAUAUAUAUGGUUCUAGAAGCAAUUGCUCAGUUGGCACAACACUUUGUAAGAAUGCCAAGAACUGAAGCUGAGUAACUAAUGUUAGAAGAGGAUUCUUUAAUAUUGCUAAAUUACCAAGAUGUGUUGGCGCUUUGGACUGCACUCACGUAAAAAUUCAGUCGCCUGGGGGGAUAGAUGCUGAAAGUUACAGAAACAGAAAAGGAUUUUUUUCAUAUAAUG